CAGCCGCUGAGGUGGCGGAGAUGGGGGGAGGGAAAAGAAACGGCCGUUGUUCUCGCGAGAUCCGAGGCCCAGAGCAGGGAGUUGGGACUCUGGACAGGGUCUGAAGUCGGUCCUGGUUGCGCUCUACGGGGUCUUCAGUGAAGAUGGCGGACAUGUUCGGCAGUAAUGGUGACACGGCGGGCCCCGUGGGAAAGGAGGCGGUAGAUCGAAUGAUCCAAGAAAACAACCACCUCUUCACAGAUGUCCAAUGUAAAGUGUGCAAUGCAGUACUGAUUUCUGAGUCCCAGAAACUCGCCCAUUAUCAGAGCAAGAAACAUGCAAACAAAGUGAGGAGAUAUACAUCUAUUCACAAAGAGGAGGAGUUUAAUGAUGGAAAAAAAUUGAAGCUAGAUUCAAAACAGGAGAGCAGCCAUGGCGAUGACAGGGAUCGGUGCUGUGCCAUCUGCAACAUGACCUUUUCUUCCCCCAUCGUGGCCCAGUCUCACUACCUGGGGAAGACCCAUGCCAAGAACAUGAAGUUGAAGCAGAGUAACUCCCAGGCGGAAGUUCCAUCAAAACUCCCCAUGAAUGCCCCUGGCUUCAGUGAAGACAGUAGUGAUACAUCUGAUCCAGAUAAGUUCUGCAGCCUCUGCCAUGCCACUUUCAACAACCCCUCCAUGGCCAAGCAGCACUAUGUUGGCAAGAAGCACAAAAAACAGGAAACCAAAGUCAAACUGAUGGCUCAUUAUGGCAAGAGCAAGGACUCCCCUGUAACGGCUUCAGAAGCUGGGUGGGGCUACCCCUGCAACACAUGCAAAAUCAUACUGAAUUCCAUAGAGCAGUACCAGGCGCACAUCAGUGGCUUCAAGCACAGGAAUCAUAUACCAGGAGCUGUGCCGAUCCUAGGACGCUUUCCAAAGCAGCAGUAUGUUCGGGAAGAAACAGUGUCCUCAGGAGACUACAGUUAUUUUAGCCAAGACUCCUAGAGCCAAUGGCAAUACUGUUCUCUUCGUGUUGGUGCCAGCCAAGAACAAGCAGCUAGUGCAACUCUCAGCGGCUCUAUUAUCUGGUCAGAGACUGACCCGUGCCUCAGAGUGACUGCGCAGGACAAAAGCAGAAAUGACUUAGUUUGAAAAGGAUAUGAUGUAGCAAACUUUGCUCCAUCUUGUGUGCUCCAUUAGGAAGCUCCUUUGGCAUAAUCUGUUAAUUGACAUCUUGUUCUGUGUGUUUCUCAGACAUACAGGUGGCGUCCCCCCUUUUUAUGUCAUUUCUUGCCACCCCUUUGCCUCUAAGCUGUGUCUUUUCCCUCUACAAAUAGUGCAGAAUUCUUGGGUUUCAAGAACAGCACCUUUGACUGGUUUCUCUUAGAUCAAGAGUAAUCACAAAGAGCUGGAUGUUAGCUCCUUGGUCCCACUUGAACUUGUGUGUCUCUAUGUGUCUUACUCGGUCCUCUCUGAUGGGAAAGGUCUGCAUAGGAUUUAUCAUCUUAUAUUUGGAGAGACAAGACCUUGGGUUUUUCUUAAUUCCCUGGACACCUAAUAGGGAAACCAUGGAAUGUGAGUGCCAAAACCAUGGCAGGGGUAGGAAACAAAAAACUCACUGUUCCCGAGAGAACUCCUUUCAGGUUAUUGGCCAACUGUACUUAUUCAUCCCUUAAAAGAAAGGCAAGUUAUUUCUGGUUUUGCAGGAGAGGCUUGCUUUUAAACCUAAUUGAUUGUUGAAAUGUUUUCUGACUUUUGUUGGAAGCCUCAGAUAAUCUAUCUACUCUUUGUGAUAGAUGAAUGGUACUAGGGAAUAGCAUCAUACAUGCUAUUCUGGGUACACUCAGUAGUCAAGUUGGUAUGGGAAGCACGAGGUUCUGUCCCUUCUGCCCCCAGGUUGCUGCUCUCAGCCAAAAUAUCAUUACUGGAGGUUACUCUGAGGGUGCAAGUUAAAGGAGGCUCACUUGGAAGCAGCUGUGCCUGCCCAAGACCUUCUGCCUAUCCACUCUAUGGACAUAGACCACAUUAAAGUCAUUAUUCACCUGACCCUUCAGACUUUCUCCUUCCCUUUGUUGUACAGUCCUCUCCCAGAUGCACUGGUGAUAAAUGGAAUCUGUGAGAAUAGGAAGGUUUCUUUCUAGGAGGAAGCCCCCUAGGUAUUAGGGGACUCUACUUUUUUAUAUGUAGAACUUCUAGACUAGAGAGAGUUGUUUGCAAAUGGUUGGGGAGGAAGCAGGAAGGAGGGGAAAGAAGUUGAUUCAGGUCAUACCAUGAAAAUAAGCAAGCAAGAGAUCCCUUUGACUGCCCUUCCCUCUGUAGAAAUAGAAGGACUACUUAAAGAACCUGAAUUAGAAGGACUCUUAGAGGUCUUCUGAGCCAACCCAUACUGGACAGAAGUCUGCUUUACAGUAUUCCUGACAAGUGGCUAGCUAGCCUUUGCUUGAAGAUCUCUGAUGGAGAAGAACCCGCCACCUGGGGCAGCCCAUUCUACUUUUGGACAAUUCUGAUUGUUUGGAAAUUUUCCUUAUUGUCAGGCUGAAAUCAGCCUUCUUGUAGCUUCUACCCAUUGUUCCUAAUUCUUCCCUACUCCCCAGCCUAGCAAGACUCUACCAUAUUAUAGCUUUUCAUAUAUUAAAGAUGAGUACUUUAUCCCCUCCUAUUUAGCUGUCUUGAGAAUUGUCCUUUGUACUGACAGUCUCUCACAAAAUGUGUGACAUGAUUGCAGAGAAAACAUCUCUGAGCUCCAUUUCUCCUUUCCCUAGGUACAUAUUGAUUCCUAGGUUGCACUGAUCUUAGUGCUGCAACCGCUUUCACCUCUUCUAUUGCUCAACCAUUGACCUUUUUUAAUUGUCUCCUUAAGUCUUCAAUGAUUGUAUCCUUAUCCUCAUUACACUUUUCUUUAUCAGCAGCAUAAACAUAGAUAGUAGACCCUUUUUAUAUGGGAAAUCAUCCCCUCUUCAAGGUAGUAAGAUAUGUCUCAGCAGCCUCAGUGAUACGAUCUAAAAAUGAUGUUGGUGUUUCUGCGGGCUUUUGCUUUAUUCCUUCAAAUUCUGACCAAGCAUUUGGUCUUUUGGUAUACUGACCCAUGACCUCCAAAAUUGCUUGCCUACAUUCCUUCAUUAUAUCAUAUUGAGCUCUAUCAUUCAUGUCCAUGUCAUAUCUUUCUGGCCAGGGUUCUAAUAGAGGGUCUGCUCUUGUUUCCUCUAUAAAUUUAUUAUGUUCCCUUAUUGUUAAUAGUUCCUUCAUUAAUAGUGAAAAAUCGUUAUAAUCAGGGUCAAAUAUGUCUAUAGCCCUUGUCAUCUCUUUAAUUACAUGAUUGGGUUCGUCCACAAAGGCUAGGGUUCUUUAUGAACUCUUAGUCCUCUGGGGUCAAUUUUUUGUGUGUCUUGACCUGGAAUAUUUCAUUCUUUGAGACUACAGGAAGAUCUUAGAGGAAAUAGUUAUCAUCCCUCUAGUCUCUUCUUGUUGUAACCUGCUUAGAUUUUCCUUUGCACCAGUGUUUACAUUUUCCCCACACUCAUAUUCAUUGUUUAUAAAUUUAUCUUUUAUAAGUAGUUCCAUUUGAUCCAGUUGUUUUUUCAUAUGUGUCACCAUUAGUUUGAGCUCUGAAUCCUUUGUUAACCAAAACAUAAUCACUUUAAAGCAUUUACCAAUGAUAAAGAAUGCCAGUCUACACUUUUACAAGUUACAAAGACAGAUACAAACUAUGGGGACAUGAGACAGGACGGUUCGCAUUGUGAUAUCCAUAAAAGGUUUCAUCCAUCUAUAAUCCUACAUAACAAAAAUUAGGGAACAAAACAAACAUAAUGUAUGGGAUAUGCAAAAUGCAUUCCCACAGUACCAUCAAAACAUCCAUUACCAUGUCUCCAGACAGGUUUACAUUUAAGGAUAAUAAAGUAUAUCCAAGUGAAUUUGAGUUGUUACAAUCUACUGUGAAUAAUUUUUACAAACAAUUACUAAAAGGGAAAAACUUGAAAGAAAAAAAAUUUACAAUGUAGCCACCAAUAUGGCCGCCUAUACCAUGUAGCUAAAUACCUCUACCCGCUUAGCUGGAGUCUUAGAAUUCUGCUGGCCCCCACCCUUGGAAUGUACCACUCUCAGAGUGGAGAUAGAAUAUUCCAACCUUAACUGACUUCCCUAUAGAAACUGUUUUUUUUUCUAUAAAUAAAACUUAAAUUUCCUUAAAUUUCUUAAACCUAGCUAGCUCUGCCAACUACUAAAAGUAGAUAUAAUUUGGAUAGAGGGAAGGAAAAUAAUACAGAGGGAAAAACAUAAAUAUUGUAUUUAACAUAGAAGGGAUAAAGUAAAGGGAAAUGGGAAAGGGUGAAAUCUGAAUUCUUUUACCCACUAACUAAUCAAUAUUUGACUUAUACUAGACUAAAUCCUAAGUUAUCUAAAGGCAAGUCCAACAGAGGAUCAGUAUCUCGCAAAGGGUCCUUGGUGAGCCAGAAACAGGAAUCCCAGGUGUAAUGUCAACAGAUGGUCUCUUCCAAGUAGAUAUUCCACUCUUUAAUCACUGUCCAGCAGAAGACUGAAGAAUGACUCCACACUACAGCCAGUAGAUAUUAAAAAGGCCAGUAGCUUUAUGGAUGGGUUUCAAGAUGAUUCCUACAUACUCCUAUCUCCUUUCUCUCUCAGGUCCAGAGUGACAGUUAAUCAACUGUCCCUAGGAAUUCUGACCCAACCAGGCUCGGGAAGAUUCUGAUCUCAAGCCCCUGUCCAUCAUUCCUUGCAACCUUUAUUUUCCUUUGCUACAGUAGCCUUUCUUUUUAGCUCCUCUAGACUCAUCAAUUUCCAGUCCACACAAUUUGAUUUAAAAAAUUUCUUUACAGCUGCACAGGCAUUGUUGACAAAUAGCCUUUUGAUGUGGGCAAUGAUUUUCUUUGCCAACACAUCCAAUCCCAGUUUUAACCCAGCAGCCUCAGUUAAGCAAUCCAAAACACUAGCUGGAGUCUCAUCAAAAUUUUAUUUAACUUUUUCAUAUAUAGACCAUGCAUCUGGUCUACGGGAAUUUCUUUCCAUGAUCAAUAAUCGAUCUAGUCUGCUUCAAAAUUCUAUAAUUAUGCACUGAGUUCAGGUCUAUUUCCUCAUAGUGUUCUGGCCAUGGGGUUAAUGGAGGAUUGUUUCUAUGAACUGAUUUCUCUCAUGCUUUGUUAGUAAUUCCUCCAUCAGGAGAAAAAAAUCAGCAUAAUCCGGAUAGUAUAUUCUGACUGCUCUUUUAAAUUCUCAGAUGACCUUGUUUGGAUCAUCAAAAAAUCUGGGAGUUCUAUGAUUUUUGGCAUCUAAUUCUGCUACAGAAAAUUGCUUAUGGGGUUUUAGAUGUACUACCCCAUCAGAAGAAAUGGAAACAAUGGAAACAAAGCAAGAUUUUUAUUCAAUUCCUCAUUUUCCUUUUCUAGCCUACUUGGUACUUUAGCCUUCACUUCACUUCCCUCACCAUUUGCACCACCAAUCAGUUAUAUUCAUUAAAGCACAACCAUUAAUUUUACCAUUAACCAAAUUUUCUUAAAAACACUAAUGCAUUAAAUCUGUCUUUAAUUGCAUCAUUACCAUCAUCUGCUUUUACUCAGAAUCUCUCAACAUCCAUUUAAUAACAGCUUUGAUCAGUAAUGUAACUGGGAAAUAAGAGCAAACUUGCCUCAUAGUUAGCUCCAUAAAAGGUUUUCACAUAUUCCAAUCCAAUAAAAGAUAACACCAAUCCGGAACCAUAGCAAAUAUUAAAUAGGGUAUCCAUAACACACACUUGUAAAUCAUUUCCAUUAUUCUCUGUAUGUGGUUGUAGUAACACAGGAAUAAUGGGGAAAUAGCAAUGUAUGUACAAUAGGUUAAGUGAAAUUAGCUGCCACUUUGAAAAGAGAAAAAAUUUUCAACCAAAGAUGUUACUUGGUUUUAACACUUGAACAGAAGUGACCCUUUAACACUGAGGUGUCAAUCAACCACAUUGGUGGACUUCAGCACGUUGGACAGCUGCCCACUGUAACAAGCUAAGUAGAACCUUCUGCCUUUGACAGACAGGUCAAUAGAAUUCUAAAGCUGCUAACUGCCAGCUAACCCACUGACACCCCGUUUAUACUAAAAAUCCCUUUUUAGACUUGCCCAAAUCAAUAUUUGAUCUACCUGGCUCAGCUAACUAAGUUAACUGUUUAGAACUAGAAUAACUGUUUUGUAGCUGUUGGAAGCCAAGAUAGUAAUCUAUCAGGCCAGUAACCUGAUUUGGGAAGGCUAGUUUGAUGUUGGGACCUGCAUUUUUGACAAAGAUCCUUUUAAUGUGAGCAAUGGUCCCUUCCUCGAGUACAUCCAUGCUAAGGAAUGUUUCAGCCGCUUCAGUAAUUCUUUCGAGGAAGGCCAUAGGUGUUUCUGUGAUCUUUUGCUUAAUUGCCUCAAAUUUUGACCAGGCAUUCAGUCUUUUAGUAUACCGACCCAUAAUCUCAAUUAUAGCUUCCCUACAUUCCUACAAUUUAUCUUAUCUAUGUUUGUUAUUCAUAUCCAUAUCAUAUUGUUUUGGCCAGGAUACCAAUAGAGGGUCUGAUCUUGUCUCCUCUAUAAACUUGUUAUGUUCCUUUUUAGUUAAUAAUUCCUUCAUUAGCAAUGCAAAAUCAUCAUAGUCAGGGUUAAACAAAUCUAAUGCCCUUUUCAUUUCCUUAAUAACUCGAUUGGGUUCUUCUGUAAAGGUAGGAGUGCACCUUUUAAUCGAUUCCAAGUUCUCAAGGGUGAAUCUUUUGUGGGUUUUUACUUGGAAUAUUUCAUCUUUGGAAACUACAGGGAGAUGCCUAAGUGGACAUAGGGUAGCCAUCCCCCUAGCCUCCUCUUGUUGUAAUCUAUUAAGUUGUUUCAAUUCCCCAUUAUUCCCACAUUCAUGUUCCUUGUUUACAAUCAUAUUUUCUUUUAUAUAUAAUUCCAUUAAAUCAAGUUGACAUCUCAUAUGGUGUACCAUCAUUUUAAGUUCCAAAUCCUUAGUUGCCCAGAUGACCUUAGCCCUUAAACAUUUGCCAGUGUAAAAGAAUGCCAGUCGAGACUUAUACAUGACAUACAAACAUAUAAGACCUAGGGGGAAAUGUGCCACAACAGUUUUAACUUUUACAUCCAUUACUGGUUUCAUCCAGUCAUAUUCUAGCACAAUUAAACAAAUAUUAGGAAACAAUACAAAUACAAUAUAAGGAAUAUACAGAAUGCACUUCCAAAACAUCAUUAACACAGUAACUAACAUGUCUCCAGACAUGUAUACAUUAAACAAUAAUACAGUAUUAACAAGUGUAUUUGUACUAUUAUGAUUCACUUUGAACAGUUCUUAAGAAACAAUUACAAAAAGUUACAAUUUGACAAAAAAAAAUUUUCAAAAUGGCUGCCAAAUAUGGCCACCAAGAGCAUGUGGUAAUAGCUCUUUAAUGUCUUUAAAUGCCCCACAGCUUUCCCAGAGUCUUAGAAUUCCACUGGCCUCCCCCUCUGGACUAUACCGCUCUCAGAAGGACUUUAGAAUGUUCCAACUAACUGCCUUAUCUCUAAUGAAAUCUCAUCUAGAUAGUUGAAAAUACAUAAAAAUUAAGUUAUACAGUCUACUUGGCUCAGCCAACUGAAAUACUAGUAUUAAUUAGAAGAGUUUUCUAGGGAAGCAACACAGAAGGAUUAACAUAUAAAUAUUUGGUUUUAUUUAAUAGAGAGGAGAGGUUAGGGAAAGGAGGGAGAGGGGGAAAGAAAUCUUAAACCUUAAACCCUUAAUGUAAAUUCCUAAAUAAUAAUCCUAUUUUCCUACACUAAAAUCCUAAAGAUUUUAUGCAACAGAGAUCUUGCAUAAAUAAGAGUCCUUGACAGGCAGUUGUUGAUAUCCAGAUGGAGGUUUGCUGAGGUCCAGAGAAAGGCAGUAAUUUUCCUCAAUCUUCCCCUUAGUCCACCUAAGGGUAUUGGGGAAACUUCUGCUUACUCUUGAUUGAGGGUCUGCUUGUCCAAUGGAGUCCAGGAGAGAGAGAAGAUUUUCCACUACCAGGUUUCCCUGUCAGCUCCAACUCCAGCUGGGACGAACUGUCUCUCCAACAGCUUUGGAAUCUUUCCCCAUCAGCUCUGAAGAUUCUGUCUUGAGGACUUGCCAAUCAUGCUUAUGCACUAUACUAGUGAGGGAUCAGGAACCAAAGUUUGGCAAGUAACUGAGAGGGAGGGAACAGAUAGAGAAACCCUCUUCCCUCCCAGACAGAGCUGUCCCAGAGAAGUUAAUCUAUGUCCAGAACUGAAAGGUAAGAAGAAAUCCCCUUCAGUCUCUGGUUUCUGUUCUCUUCCUUGGCUGAUGGUUAUCUGUGUAGUACAUUGAAGAUGUCUAGUUCUUCAGUAAGUUAAAAGAUGUAUUUAUUACUUUAUAGGUCUGGAAUGAUAGGUAUGGGAAAAGGUAAACAGGAAGUCCCUAAUCUAUUUUCCACCUAAAGUUUCUUCAAAGUGUUGAAGCUCAGGUCUAGGGACCUAAGUCCCAGAAGACUUUACGAUCUUUGUGGAGUCAGGUUGAUGUAAUUUCCUGAGACAGAUACAGCUUUUGAAGGAAAUCUUUGGGAUGGAUAGUCUUUUUGCCUUCCCCAAGGGGAAAAAGUAUCCAUCACUUAUAAGGAAAGAUGGUUAUUCUGGAUCUCUUCAGAUCAACAAGGGAUUGUAGCCGGAUAAGAUCAGUGAGAUCUGCUCCUUUCCUCCUCAGUUCAGAGUUACAUGAAAAAGUAUAUUCCCAACUGUUCACCUGCUUUUCUAAACUAGAGAUUCCGGUCCCAUUCCCCGUUGGCAGCCAAAGUUCUAUUUCCUUCUUUCAUGAGAUUUCAUUGUAAAAUCCAGUCUUUGUAAUAUAUUGUAUCUUUCUCUCAUCCACAGCACUAAACAUUACUUCCAUUGCAACAGUAGGUAGAGCCAGACCCUGAGAUGACACACCCACAGACUCCUAGGUUAUAAAUUAGAAGUAUGUAAUACAAUAAGUAUAGGUUGGAAGGGAUUUCGAUAUUCCUUACAUUAUUAAUAAGUAUCUACAUCUCCCUAGAUCUACAAAUCUCUCCACAGAGAGAUUGCUUCCAAGUGGUUCCCUACUCUCUUCUUACACUAUAUAACCCAAAGAUACUAUACUUAACUAAUACUAACCACCCCUUUGGUAAUCUCAAUAAAAGGUCUGUGUGCAAGUCUGACAGGACCCAGUGAUAGUGUCACAAUCAGCUGUCAGUUGUCAUAGUACAGGACACAAGGCCAGCAGGCACAGGAUACUUCAAGCAGCAGAAUGGAUUUAUUGAGUAAGCAGUAAAAUUCACAGGGACAAGCUAAUUCCUCUCAGGUCUACCCAGAAGGGAAAAAGCCAUAAUCCAAGGCUUAACAGUCUCUCCUCAACAGCAAUUGCUAUCCUCAGAAUUCCAGAACUCUUCCCCUUGCUGUCAGUCUGCACACUCACUAUAUAUUUUAACUUUUCCUAUAACACCCCCCAGACUUGCAGAAGCAUACUCAAUUCCUUCACCUGAAUUUCAUAUGACAUCAUCCUGAGCUCCUUUUGGUCAUCCCUCUUCUAGUUUCUCCAACUUAUCAAUAUCCUUUACAAACCAUGAUCUCCAGAACCAGGCAUAGUAUUCCAGGUAUGAUCUGACUAUGGCAGAUUAAAACUAGACUUUGACUUCCUAUAUCUUUCAUAUCUUCAUAUUUUUUUAAGUUCUGCCAGAGAAAGAGAUUCAUAUUUUGGGCAGUAGUUCCAAAAAAAAUUUCUAAGGUGUUGAUUACAGCCUUUGAGAAAUUGCCUCCUGGCAUGAGCUAUUGAUUCUUAGGAGUCUUGGCUAUAUCCUAGGAUAGCUUCAGCAUUUUCUAGAAGUCUGUCAAUAAACAAGGAAGGGCGUUCUUAAUUCUCUUGCUGUAACUUAUUAAACUUCCCCCAUGCAUUAGACCUAUCACAGAAUGAUCUAAUGGCUUACAAUAGGUCCUCCCUAGCUUUCUUGAGAUAUGUCAUGUUCAGUGGUCUAGAAAAAUCAAAGUCUUCGUACAUUUCUGGCCAGCUAGUCAAGUUUUCAUCUUGGCGGGUUUUUUCAAUGAAUUUCUUAUGUUCCUGGGGUGUAAACAGUUCAGAGAGUAGGAUUUCUAUGUCUCUGAAAUCAGGUUCAUAUAAUCUAAAUGCUCUUUUUAGUUCCUUUAGACAUUUGAAUGGUUUGCUUAUAAAUCUAGGCUUCCUACAUUUUAGUGAAUCCAAGUCCUGUGUAGUAAAAGACUUGUGUACUUUAGCAUGUAAAAUUCCAGAGUCGGGUGAUAGUUUUGCAAAGUCUCUGAGAGGCAUGACUUUCUGUGCCCCCAGGACUUCUUCAGGUUCAUAACUAGUUUCCUUAUCCACAAUAACUUUGUUGUUACAUACUGCAAUUGCUAUAGCUGUUGGUACAGUGGAUGCCUCAUUGCCCUUGUUCAUGUCUGUAUUUUCUGUAGCCAUUUCCUCAGUCACUAUGUCAGUCACAUUCCCUAGGUUUCCCUUUUUCUUCAUACUAUAUUCUUGGCAUAUUGCUGUUAUUAUGGGUAUUUGUGAAAACAGUGUGUUCAAUCUAUUAUCCAUUAUCCUAUUCAUAGCCUUCUUUCCCAAGAUCAUUUUAAUUCCUGUUGUAACAUAUGUGCAAGCCUUUCCCACAGCUACUAAGGUUACAUAUACUUGAGGGUAAAAGUCUGCCACAGUGUAGAUAUAUUAAAUGGUAUUUUCUGCCAGUAUUUAGUAAAACUAAAUAUGGUAUUCAUGGUGUCAUUUAUCAUGUCAAUUAUCAUGUUAUAUAUGAAACAAUAUCCCCAGUAAGCUAGGAUAGUUCCCACUAACAUAGUCAAAAACAAUUUUUGGAUCAUUGUUGUUUCUUUUUAUAUGGCUGUCUCUUUCUUUGUUUCUUAUGUGUUAAUUCCCAGUAUGCUGCCCUUUAAAUGGCUGCCCUGCCCAGAGAGUUCCAACUGUCAAAGAAUGGCAUUUGGUGUUGGAUCCUUCUAUAUCUGCGGUGCCACUUGUAAUAGAUGGUGGAAAUUGGGAAAGAUUUGUAAUAAGGGGAAAGGGUGUUAAAGAAAUAAUAGUCUUCCCCCUUCUAAUUCUGCCUUCAGCUUUGCCCUGCUGGGUUCUGAGAAGGAUCUAUUUGAAAAGAUUAUGGUAGUAAUCUCUCUUUCUUUGGGGAGAGAAAGUCCCCUCUCUCUCUCCCCUCUCACUCUCAAGUUUCCCUCUAAAAAUACUUGAAUCAGUUCUUGAAUCUUUUCUUAAUUUAUUGAAGGGAAACAGAAAAGGUACAAGGCAAAUUGAGGAUAAGAAUUUAAUGUUCAGGAAGGAGAGAGAGGGGUCCCUAUUUAGCUAAUAUCCUUCCUCAAAAGUCAAAUAGAUCAGGUUUGAUUCACCUGCCCACAUGGGGUUAGGAUGAUGAGGAAUCUGAUUCUUGUCUGCACAAUAAAUGUCCCAACUCAGAUUUAAAGGAGAUAGAUGACAAAUCUUUUUUGUUGGACAGCUUAUUCCCCAAAGUCUUGUCAAAUAGGUUUAUGUUCUAGUGGGAUUUUGGGUCAAGAAAUCACAGAGAGAAGAUCACUGGAUCAAGAAGCCACCUGGAGCUACCUGCCUUAUCUAAUGAUGCCAGGCAAAAGUCCACCCCCAACUGUAGCUGGGAGAGCUCAGCUCUCCUUUCCAAAGUUCUGAAUUCCUUUUCCUGCCCAUCCCCCACUGCUGUGGAAUUCUGCAGCGCUCACAUCUCCCAAACACUGUGCCUCUCAGGGUAGCCUAAGAUAGCUUUUUUUAUCACAAUGUUGCCUCAUAUUGAGUUUAAAGUCCACUCAAAUUUGACAGAUCUUUUUCAGAUGAACUAUCUAGCCAUACUUCCCCUAUCUUGAUUUUUCCCCCCAAGUUGAUUUUUUUAACCUAAGUAUAAAACUUACAUUUAUUCCUGUAAAAAUUCAACUUACUUAAUUGAUUGCAGUGUUUUGAACUUGUCAGAUCUUUUUGAAUCUUGGUUGUAAUCUCUCCUAGUUUUGUCUGCAAAUUUAAUAAACGUACCAUCUUUCCCUUUAUCAAGUCAUUGAUAAGAUGUUUAACAGCAUAAGGCCAACAACAUGUCUGGGACAUUCCAGAUGUUAUAAGGUGAGUUAAAAGAAUGGUCUUGCUCCUGAUUUUACCCACUCUUGCAUAGUGUUUAGAUCUGGUGCUUGAGCUCCCUGACAGCAAUUAUUUUGGCAAUUGUUUACAUUUUUAUCUCUGAUAAUUAUUAUUCCAAUUAUUAUUAUACUGUUAUAUCCAUUAAUCCUAUUUAAUUGUCUAGAAAAUUUGCCCUUUGAACCUACAUUCCCUUACAAAAUGUCCAACAUGAUUACAUAAGAAACACCUCUGAGGUCCAGAUCUCCUUUCUUUUGGCUUAUAUUGGUUGUUUGGUUGCAGAUCUAAGUGCUGCUACUGCCUUUAUUUCCUUUAUUUUACUCUCCUUUGCUUUAUUUUCUACAUCCCUAAAUUUCUUUUACAAAUCCUCUGUUACAGUAUUCCUGUCUUCAUAUUUAUCAUCAUUGUCCAUACACACAUAAGUUGCCUUUCUCCUUAAUUCUUUCAAUCCCAUCUCUUCCCAAUCUGAGCAAUCAUUUUUUUAAAAUAAUUUAAUCUUAGGACAUGCAUUUUUUACAAAUAUAUUCUUAAUGUGUGCAAUUGUGUCAUCUGCUAACACAUCCAGACCUAAAAAUAUUUCAGCUGUAUCUGUUAUUCUCUCAAGAAAAUUUGUAGGUGACUCAUUUAAUUUCUGUUUAAUAUUCUCAAAUUUAGACCAAGCAUUAGGACAUUUAGUAUGUCUCUUUAUCACAUCCAUAAUUGACCUUCUGGCUUGUUUCAUCAUUUCAUAAUCGGGAUAAAUUCAUAUCCAAACCUUCAAAAUCUCGUGGCCUCUAUGAAUUGGUUUCUUUCCCUCUUAGUUAAUAACUCCUUCAUUAAUAAAUAAAAAUUGUCAGAAAUCUCUAUAGCCCUUUGAAAUUCUUUUACCACCUCAUUAGGUUCAUCUGAAAAGCAAGGAGUUCUACAUCUAAUAUUUCCAGAUCUUCAGGUGUAAAUAAUUUAUGAGUUUUAACCUUACAUAUUACAAUAUGUUCUUAGCUGGAAUGUUCCAUUCCCAUCCCCCUUUGGCAGCCAGAGUUCUCCUUUUUUUCUUGAGAUAAACUUGCAAAAUCCAGUCCUUGAAUUCAUUUUAGCAUUUCUCUCUUCCACAACUCCCCCUUUUUUCUGUUAUACAGAGUCAGCCUGACAUCUGUACCAAAGUCCAGUACUUACCUUAUUAAUUAACAUUCUAUCUUAUCUAAUAAAAUAUACUAUUCUAAAUAUUUCUCCACCCCCCAAAAUAAUAAAUCUCACUCUCUUAAAUAUCCUAAUUUAUCUAAAUUCUAUGCUAAAAUCAGGAUUACAGGAAAGUGGAAAGUAGGAAAGUAAUUCAAAUACAUAAGUAUUUUGAGCAUAGCAACAGUUUCAACAAUGUAACAUUCUGUAACAAACUAAAUUUUCCUAUCUCAAUGAACAAUAACAAUUUUUCUAAUUAUGAACUCUAUUAACUUCUAUGGUAAUAUUUCUUUUUAAAAAUUAUAUCACAAGAUAUGAUAUUGUCCUGUCCCUAGUCUAUCUCUAGUUCCAAACUUCCCUAAGCUAAUCUCUCCCUAAUGGUUAAUAUGUUAAUCUUCCUUAAGCUAUGUUAGUAUGUUAGACCAUUAGUAUUAUAUAAAUGUACAUCUUUUCCUGUACAAACUUUACAUAUGUACAACUAUGUUACAUUUUUACAUGAGUUCUGACCAGAAGUCAUUCAGACAAGAAUUCUUUGUAUCUUUUUGCCUGCAUGAGUCCUGCAGAAACUCAAAUAGGUUGAUCUUAUGUACGAUACAACCCAAAAAUAUCAGUGUGAAUAAAUGUUUAUGUGCUAAU